AUUAGGUGACUAUAGGUUAACGGGCUGCCGUCCCUCUCCUCUCCGCCCUACAUGGGACGCCCGUGCGCGCCACACUUUCAGCUGGAGCUCCACUUUUGUUUUUCUUUUCUUUUUUUCUCAAACCCUUCCAGUAAUUGACAUCCACAUGCUCUCUGACAGGGUAACUCACUACAACUCCGCGCGCUUUCGUUUUUCUCUUUGGGACGCGCAAAAGGCGCACGGCUCUCCCGGGAUGGCUCACUCAUGGUCGCGCUGAGAACGCGCGCAACUUGUUCUAGAAGUACACGCGACCCCACAGGUCGAGGAUUUAGUGUAAGUCGCGCUCUCGGGAGUAAUGUGAUUGACUUAGUUUUUUCUCUUUUCGUCUUGGGGGGUUUGCUGUCCUGCUUUGGAGAGGCAGCCAGUCCCAUGCCCUCGCCCCGCGUGUCCGGCUGCACUCUCCCCCGCGGACAGUGCCCCAGGCUCGGGGGUUAGAUGGUUCUGAUCACGGACGACAGGGAUGGAGGAGGCGCCUCGUCUGUCCGGCUCAAACAGCUCCACAAGCAGCAGAGGGUCGGGCUCGUCCACCCCACCAUAACCGAGGAGCCCGCGUCCAACUCCGACGAAGAGGACGACCCGGGCUCCUGCGAGGAUGAGGAUGAGGAAGACGACGACGGGAGCGAGGAGGACAACAACGACGACUUCGAAGAAGUCGACUUCGAGGACUUGGAUGACUGCCGGAGCAUCGCCUCGGACGACUCCUUCUACCCCCCGGACGACGCGUUCGCGGACUCGGAGCGCACGCCGUCCCCGGACAGCCCCGAGCCGCUGACCUUCUUCCAGGCGUGCUGCACCAACAACGCGGCCAUCGUCCGGAUCAUGAUCCGGCACGGCGUGAAGGAGGAAGAAGUGAAGCAGGCUGACAGGAACAGCAGGACAGGGCUGCUGGUUGCAUGCUACCAAGGCUUUGUGGACGUCGUCAUAGCGCUGUCACAGUGUCCAUACCUGGACGUCAACUGGCAGGACAGCGAGGGAAACACGGCUCUCAUCACAGCCGCACAAGCAGGCCACAUAACCAUCACCAACUACCUGCUGAACUACUACUCCGGGCUGGACAUCGAGAGGAGGAACUGCCACGGCUUCACCGCUCUGAUGAAAGCUGCCAUGCAGGGCAGGCUGGAGUGUGUGCGCUCGCUCAUGAUGGCCGGCGCUGCCCUCAACGCCCGGGACUUCGGCCGCCACCUGACUGCCAGGGAGUGGGCUUUGUUCACCGGCCGCUACGAGACCGCCUGGCUGAUAGCCCGGCUAAUGGAGCGGCCCUGUCCACAUCAGUACUGUGAUACAUACAGUCUGGAGUGGCCCCCGCUGGCGUCCCUGGUGGCCAAAGCCCAGGAGCCCCGCGGCUGUCUGAAGCGCCUCUCGGACACCGUGCGGGACAUCUUCAACAUCGCCAACGUCACCAACCCCGAGGACAACGGCGUUAUCGACCACAUGGUGUCCGUCACGACCGCCAUGAGGAGCCCUUUCAUCGCCAUAGCAUGUCACACUGUGUGUCCUGACAGUCCUCCAGCUGUGGGCAAGCGGCGUCACGCCGUCCCCGAGAUCGUCCGACAGCAGCGCGCCAAGGAGCUGCGCUCCAUCAACCCGGACCGGGCGGACAGCCACCUCAAGCUGUUCCAGAACUCCCGGGUGACGCUGGUGGCCAAGGGCUCGGCGGACCGGCGCUCCAGCCUGCAGGCCCAGAGCGUGGUGCCCCGGCACCGCAGGUCCAGCCUGGGCAUGGUGGCCUUCAACGAAGCCCUGGAGCUGCGGAGGACCAGCCUGCUGCCGCUGCACAUGGUGCUGAGGAGGAGCAGCGUCCGGCCGGGCUUCAGCAUCCCCAAGGUGAGGGUGUCCAAGGCCCCCGCGCCCACCUACGAGCCGGAGAAGAUCCGGAGGAAGAGCAGCGCCAAGGACGGCGCCGGGCACCUGCUGCAGAUCCCGAAGUGGAGGUACAAGGAGCUGAAGGAGGAGAGGAGGAAAGCCGAGGAGGCCGAACGGAAGAGGCUGGAGGCUGCCACCAAGAAACACAUCGCAGCCGGGAAAAGGAAAUGAUAUCACGACACCAAAUCACCGACUGGCUGCCUCCGUGAGGACAGAAAACUUUUGAUCUAGGAGGAGAUGCCGCCUGGAACCUAAGAAAAUGACUGCCGCUGUUCUGACAGCAUGACAAGUGCACAGCACUCAGUGUCCUUUGCAACGUCACCCUGCGGAUUUAAUACUUGAAAUCUUUCUAGCUAAUUUAUUGUUUUUUAAAUAUUUAUUGCUUUUUAAUGAGGUGGGCGGGUUGUACUUUUUUUGUUCCGCUUUAGGUGCUUGUUGCAGUAGUAUUUUUGUAGUGCGAACACUGUAUUGAAGCGAAAAACACUUAAUAACUCAAACUUUUUCUGACUUUCAGGUUUUCUUUAAAAUGUUAUAUACCAUAGAGCCUGACUGAGAAACAUGAAGCUAUAUUUUGUAUAGAAUCUGCUGGCAUUUGUCAGCAAUAUUUUCAGAUAUUUUUGUUUUCUUUAACAUUGGAAAGCCCUGAAUGUAUUUUGCAUACGUAUAUAUAUAUAUUUUAUAAUAGAGAUUUUAAUGCUUUUUAAAGACAAAUGUUUUUUGUUUUUUUUUUAAUUCAGUGUGGACUUUUACAUGCUGAUGAUAAUGUAUUUUUUUAGUCUUUACUAUAUAUUUGAGACUAAGACCAAAACAUAGUGGAAUUCUUCAAUCUUACCUUUUCAUAAUGUUUACAGUGCAAAACUACAGCAACACUGAACAUUUUAACA